AUGGCAAAACAUGGUUAUCAUUUUUUUUGGGGGUUAAAAGUAUCGCAAAACCAGCUUCAGUAUGCCCUCUUAAACGUGGCAUUAGCUGUGUCACAUACACCGUCGUCGUCCACGGCAAGCGAGCACCCGCACCCGCACCCCUGGCCGGCUCCCGGCGGGUACUUCCCAGCCGCGUACCCCGUGCCCGUCCCGCUGCCCGUGUACUACCCGCUGUACCAGCCGCCCCCGCCGGCGUACUACCCCUCGCCCUACCCUGGCCACGCACACCCGCCCCAAGCGCACCCGCCUCAGGCGCACCCGUCCCAGCCGUACCCGCAGCGUCCUCCGCGGGACGAUGCAUACGACGACGAGGACGACCCUCCGCCGCGCCGACGACGCCGACGCCGGCGGCGCCCCCGCAAGCGCACCAAGCUUGUGAACAUCCACUACCACAUCUACGAAACCCUCCCGGACGCCGACUGCCGCCCUCUACAGGACCAGUCGGGCGGCAGCACCGACCCGUGCUGCGAGUCUCAUUGGGCGCGCACCCGUUGUCCGGACCCCUGCACCGAGUCGAAAAACUCCGACCCCCGCUCGGACAAUCACUACCCUGACACGGACGAUCACUAUGCCUCUUCGGAUAUUCUCUACGGGCACUCGGAUAAGCACUUCACGUCCUCGGAUAAUCACUACGCCCCCUCCGAUAAUCACUACGCUUCCUCGGAUAAUAAUCACUACCCCCAAUCGAUCAGCAGCAGCAGCCCCCACUCCGCCAGUCACUUCCCCGAAUCGAGUAGCCACCACCCUGGCUCAGAUAACUACCACGCCCCCUCGGAUAAUCACUACGCCCCCUCGGACAAUCACUACGCUCACUCGGAUGAUCACUACCCCAAACCGAACAGCCACUACUCCCAAUCGAAUGAUCACAAGCCUCACUCGGAAAAGACCAACCCCCACUCGAACAGCCACUACUCCCACUCGGAAAAUCACUACCCUCACUCGGAUACGUCACCUUCGCUUAAAAGCGACCCCCACCCGGAUGUUCGAUGCCCCUACCCACCUCGACCACAACCCUUUCCAGUCGAUGCUAAUGCACCCCGUCGUCCUGCUUGCAGCACUCACACCAUCAUCCACGUCCCCACGCGCGUGCACACCGUCCACCACCACCACGUCAAGAAGAUCAAGGUCCCCGUGUACGUGCAGCACAAGCACACGCACGUGCACCACUCCAAGCCCAAGAAGUCGACCCACGUCCGCUACCACCACGAGGACGACCACCACGACGAGGUCGAGGAGUACGAGGACGCCGACGUGCACUCGACCUCGUGGCACUCGCGGAAGGACGGGUCGGCCGAGGACGACCACCACGAGGACGCCUUCGAGCACUACGACGACCACCCGUACCUCGACAGCCUGGAGAACGGCAACGACUUCGAGGACAGUGACGGCCGUCACUACUGAGGGCCAGGAUGGGGCCGCCCCCGCCGGGGCACACCACCGACACCCACCAAAGAUAAAGGUUCUCAGACCCGGGACGUCCCGGACGACGAGGAGCCUUCCUUCCCACCAACUACUAGACUCGCAUCUGAUGCCGUCCGCGACCACCACCAAGGCGGCCGGUGAGGAGUCGUCGGCUGGCCGUCGACAGCUGCGUGAAGAACAAAACGUCGUCGGCGAGCAGAAGCGCGCUGCCUGCAAGACGAGGACGAGGGGACAGCCCCCCCCCCCUUGAGCAGCACCGAACCACAACAGGAGCGUAAAUAAUUUAUAACAAGUUAAAGCUAAGAAUGGUGCCCAAUAACGCCCCCCCCCCCCCGCGCAUAUCAGUGAGGACACUGCGCACGGCCGCGUGACUCCAGUCAGUAUGAAUGUGAAACCGAGAGCGUCAAAUCCAAAAUGUGAAUAUCGAUAUCGUGCGAUUUGUAAAUAUACGUGAGUGCGCAUGAUGACUGUUAAAUAAUAAUGAUGAUAAUAAAACCCCACUUGCCAUUUUGUAA